CAGCCGAGCGCCCGCGUCGCUGCCGCCACUGGAAGACAGACGCCCCCCCAAACCCCUCGCCUGGCUCGGACCCACGGAGCCGGCAGCCCAGCACUCCGAUGGGAGCUUGCCUGCCUGCCUACCCAUUGGCCUGGACCUCACAGUGCCCCCAGCUGAGCACGUGCAGAGGGCCCCGGGUUCGGGGCAACGCUCAGGCCGCAGUGGAGACCACCCCAGAGACGUUGAAGGAGACAGGCCCUUUCUGCUGAGCUGGGCCUGUCUGCACAGCCCGCCCAGAAGGGGGAAGUGAGGCCCACAGACAUACAGUGAGCCUCCUGGAGUCCUGACUCCUAGCCUGAGGACUCUUCCCUGUGCUCUGAUGACCUGAGAGAGCUGGGAGGAGAAGAGGGUUGUGACAGUGACCAGAACUCAAGGCCAAGGUAGAAACCAGAGUGCCUGAUGUGUGCUGCUGCUUCCCCCAGGAUCCUCUCUCCUGGAGUCUGUGGAAGAAGACAACUAGGAGGCCAAGGAUUGGUAUGAAGAAUUAAUGAAACGAUGCCUGGACAGCUUCCAGCCCAAUGCCUGGCGUGCAGUAGGUGCUCACUAAACCUGAGCUGCGAUGGUCCUUUCCAGGCGCUGUCCACGCCCCAAGGCCUGGGCUCAGGCCGAAGCUGCUCCACAGCACACCCAGCUGACAGCCAGCGACUGGCAGAGCCCCCAGGUCUGGGGGUCCCCUCUCUCGCAGAGAUCUUCAGUGUGACAGCCCAGGCGGCAGAGCCGAGGGUCCUGGUCCCGGCUUCUCGCACCCUCAUGUCAGCCCCGGCCCCGCCCGGUGGCCCGCGGAGGACAAGGUCAGGAUGCGUGUGAAGCCCCAGGGCCUGGUGGUGACUUCCAGUGCCGUGUGCAGCUCUCCUGACUACCUCCGGGAGCCCAAGUACUACCCCGGCGGCCCCCCCACCCCCCGGCCCUUGCUUCCUACCCGGCCCCCUGCCAGCCCACCUGACAAGGCCUUCGCCCAUACCUUCUCCGAGAACCCACGCCCACCCCCACGCCGGGACCCCAGCGCCCGGCGCCCACCAGUCCUUCCCAAGGGGGACGACCCGCUGCCCCCUCGUGCGGCCUGUCCCAUCUCACAGGCCCACUGCCCGACACCUGCCGGAGACGGCAGCAGCUCCCGCUCCCGACGCCGUUGGGACAACGGGCGGGUGAACCUGCGUCCAGUGGUGCAGCUGAUUGACAUCAUGAAGGACCUGACACGGCUCUCCCAGGACCUGCAGCACAGCGGUGUGCACCUGGACUGUGGUGGUCUCCGGCUUAGCCGGCCACCUGCCCCGCCACCCGGUGACCUACAGUAUAGCUUCUUCUCCUCACCCAGCCUGGCCAACAGCAUCCGCAGCCCCGAGGAGCGGGCCACCCCCCACCCCAAGUCUGAGCGGCCCAGCCACCCCCUCUAUGAGCCUGAGCCUGAGCCUAGGGAUAGCCCCCAGCCUGGCCAAGGCCAUAGCCCGGGAGCCACGGCCGUGGCCACCGGUCUGCCCCCGGAGCCUGAGCCAGACGGCCCUGAUUACUCAGAACUUGCUGACGCCGACAUCCUUAGUGAGCUGGCCUCCCUUACUUGCCCUGAAGCCCAGCUGCUAGAGGCCCAGGCCCUUGAGCCACCAUCGCCUGAGCCAGAGCCUCAGCUCCUGGACCCCCAGCCCCACUUCCUGGACCCACAGGCACUAGAGCCGCUUGGGGAAGCUUUGGAGCUGCCACCCCUGCAACCUCUUGCUGACCCUCUGGGGCUGCCAGGCCUGGCUCUGCAGGCUCUGGAUAGCCUGCCUGACUCCCUGGAGUCACAACUGCUCGACCCCCAGGCACUUGACCCCCUGCCCAAGUUGCUUGAUGUCUCUGGCCGCCGUCUGGAGCCCCAGCAGCCCCUGGGGCCCUGCCCACUGGCUGAGCCCUUGCGCCUGGACUUGUGCUCAACCCACGGCCCCCCUGGGCCUGAGGGUCACCCCAAGUACGCCUUGCGGCGCACUGAUAGGCCAAAGAUCCUGUGUCGCCGGCGGAAGGCCGGACGGGGGCGCAAGGCAGACGCUGGACCUGAGGGCCGCCUGCUUCCCCUGCCUAUGCCCACAGGGCUGGUGGCCGCCCUGGCCGAACCACCACCACCACCACCACCUCCACCACCUCCUGCCCUGCCAGGGCCAGGCCCAGUCCCAGAGCUGGAGCCGGAAUCUUCCCAUCCCCCAGUGGUCCCUCCUCGCAAAAACAAGUGCCGGGGCGUGCGGCGAAUGGUGGUGAAGAUGGCUAAGAUCCCUGUAUCGCUGGGCCGGCGGAACAAGACCACGUACAAGGUGUCCUCCUUGAGCAGCAGUCUGAGUGUGGAAGGCAAGGAGCUGGGCCUGCGCGUGUCGACAGAGCCCACCCCGCUGCUAAAGAUGAAGAACAAUGGGCGGAAUGUGGUGGUGGUCUUCCCACCGGGCGAGAUGCCCAUCAUCCUCAAGCGUAAGCGUGGCCGCCCUCCCAAGAACCUGCUGCUGGGUCCCGGCAAGCCCAAGGAGCCAGUAGUGGUGGCGGCUGAGGCAACCACCGUGACAGCGGCCACUCUGGCCAUGCCAGAGGUGAAGAAACGGCGGCGGCGGAAGCAGAAGCUGGCGUCUCCCCAGCCAUCCUACGCAGCAGACGCCAAUGACAGCAAGGCUGAGUACUCUGAUGUCCUCGCCAAGCUGGCCUUCCUGAACCGCCAGAGCCAGUGCGCUGGGCGUUGCUCACCACCUCGCUGCUGGACGCCCAGUGAGCCUGAGUCAGUGCACCAGGCACCGGACACCCAGAGCAUCUCCCACUUCCUGCAUCGUGUUCAGGGCUUCCGGCGGCGUGGUGGCAAAGCAGGCGGUUUUGGUGGCCGGGGUGGGGGCCAUGCGGCCAAGGGAGCCCGAUGCUCCUUCAGUGACUUCUUUGAGGGCAUCGGCAAGAAAAAGAAGGUGGUUGCAGUGGCACCUGCUGGGGUUGGGGGCCCCGGCCUCACUGAGUUGGGACACCCCCGCAAACGGGGCCGGGGGGAGGUGGAUGCCGCUACUGGAAAGCCCAAGCGCAAGAGGCGGUCCCGGAAGAAUGGGACUCUGUUCCCAGAACAGGUGCCCAGUGGCCCAGGCUUUGGGGAGGUGGGUUCUGAGUGGGCUGGGGACAAAGGUGGUGGCUGGGCCCCUCACCAUGGGCACCCAAGCGGGCAGGCUGGCCGAAACUGCGGGUUCCAGGGGACCGAGGCCCGGGCCUUUGCCUCCACUGGGCUAGAGAGUGGGGGGUCAGGCCGGGGCAGCUACUAUAGCACAGGUGCACCCUCGGGCCAGACCGAGCUCAGUCAGGAGCGCCAAAAUCUCUUCACUGGCUAUUUCCGCUCACUGCUCGAUUCGGACGACUCCUCCGACCUCUUGGACUUCGCCCUCUCAGCCUCACGCCCCGAGUCCCGGAAGGCAUCGGGCACCUAUGCAGGGCCCCCAACCAGCGCCCUGCCUGCCCAGCGUGGCCUGGCCACCUUCCCAAGCCGGGGAGCCAAGGCCAGCCCAGGGGCAGUGGGCAGCAGUGGGGCUGGCGCGGACCCCCCAUUCCAGCCUGUCCUGCCCACUCGCCAGACCUUCCCGCCAGGACGGGCAUCAAGCUAUGGGAUAACCCCAGCCACUUCAGACUGCCGGGCAGCCGAGACCUUCCCGAAGCUGGCUCCCCCUCCUUCAGCUGUGGCCCGCUCACCUACUACCCACCCACCCACUAACACAUACCCGCCCCAGUAUGGUGGCUAUGGGGCUGGUCAAAGCGUGUUUGCUCCCACUAAGCCCUUUACGGGCCAGGACUGUGCUAAUAGCAAGGACUGCAGCUUUGCCUAUGGCAGUGGCAACAGCCUUCCUGCCUCGCCCAGCAGCGCCCACAGUGCCGGCUAUGCCCCACCACCCACCGGUGGCCCCUGCCUGCCACCCAGUAAGGCCUCCUUCUUCAGUAGCUCUGAGGGGGCCCCCUUCUCCGGUUCAGCCCCCACUCCCCUGCGCUGUGACAGCCGGGCCAGCACUGUCUCGCCUGGUGGCUACAUGGUGCCUAAGGGCACCACAGCCUCUGCCACCUCCGCCGCCUCUGCUGCCUCCUCCUCUUCCUCCUCCUUCCAGCCCUCACCCGAGAACUGUCGGCAGUUUGUGGGGGCUUCUCAGUGGCCUUUCCGGCAGGGCUAUGGAGGCCUGGACUGGGCCUCGGAGGCCUUCAGUCAGCUCUACAAUCCUGGUUUCGACUGCCAUGUCAGUGAACCCAACGUGAUUCUGGACAUCUCCAACUACACGCCACAGAAGGUGAAGCAGCAGACAGCCGUGUCGGAGACCUUCUCCGAGUCGUCAUCCGACAGCACCCAGUUCAAUCAGCCGGUCGGCGGCGGUGGCUUUCGACGUGCCAACAGUGAGGCCUCAAGCAGUGAGGGCCAGUCAAGCCUGUCCAGCCUGGAGAAACUGAUGAUGGACUGGAAUGAGGCAUCAUCCGCCCCAGGCUACAACUGGAACCAGAGCGUCCUCUUCCACAGCAGCUCCAAGCCAGGCCGAGGACGGCGGAAGAAGGUGGACCUGUUCGAGGCCUCACACCUGGGCUUCCCGUCAUCCGCCUCGGCUGCUGCCUCAGGCUACCCGUCCAAACGGAGCACUGGACCCCGGCAGCCGAGGGGUGGACGGGGUGGCGGGGCCUGCUCGGCCAAGAAGGAGCGGGGUGGUGCAGCUGCCAAAGCCAAGUUCAUCCCCAAGCCACAGCCCGUCAACCCGCUGUUCCAGGACAGCCCAGACCUUGGCCUGGACUACUACAGUGGGGACAGCAGCAUGUCACCACUGCCCUCACAGUCAAGGGCCUUCGGUGUGGGUGAACGAGACCCCUGUGACUUCAUAGGACCCUACUCCAUGAACCCAUCCACGCCUUCUGAUGGCACCUUCGGCCAAGGCUUCCACUGCGACUCGCCCAGCCUGGGUGCCCCUGAGCUGGACGGCAAGCACUUCCCGCCACUGGCCCACCCGCCCACAGUGUUUGAUGCUGGCCUGCAGAAGGCAUACUCACCCACCUGCUCCCCCACACUAGGCUUCAAGGAGGAGCUGCGGCCACCACCCACGAAGCUGGCCGCCUGCGAGCCCCUCAAGCACGGGCUCCAGGGGGCCAGCCUGGGCCAUGCAGCCGCAGCCCAGGCCCACCUGAGCUGCCGGGACCUGCCACUGGGCCAGCCCCACUACGACUCCCCCAGCUGCAAGGGCACAGCUUAUUGGUACCCGCCGGGCUCAGCUGCCCGCAGCCCACCUUAUGAGGGCAAGGUGGGCACAGGGCUGCUGGCUGACUUCCUGGGCAGGACGGAGGCCGCGUGCCUCAGUGCCCCACACCUAGCCAGCCCACCGGCCACGCCCAAGGCCGACAAGGAGCCACUGGAGAUGGCCCGGCCACCUGGCCCCCACCGUGGCCCCGCUGCAGCCUCCGUUGGCUAUGGCUGCCCACUCCUUAGUGACUUGACUCUGUCCCCCGUGCCAAGGGACUCGCUGCUGCCUCUGCAGGACACCGCCUACAGGUAUCCAGGCUUUAUGCCACAGGCGCAUCCCGGCCUGGGCGGGGGCCCCAAGAGCGGCUUCCUGGGGCCUAUGGCGGAACCUCACCCUGAGGACACAUUCACCGUCACCUCCCUGUAGUGCCAACUGAAGUGCCGACUGGACCGUGAGGUUUUGUUCCUGGCUUUCAGAAAACCAACAUCAAGACCCCUCCCAGCGUCCACAUCGUCCUCUGGCAGGAACACCUGCCCCUUUGCCUCCCACCCUGUCCCACCUGCACCCCCUGCAGCCCCAUCUCCCCCACCCCACCCCUCCCUGCCCAUCUCCUCCACGCAGAAGCCGAAGGUGAGCCCUUUCUGCACAAAACCAGCAAUUGUAAAUACUUUUUAAAAAUGUACAAAACUUAAAAACAAAACACAGUUUUAGAAAAAGACAAAAAAAAAAGAGAGCGAGAGCGAGCGAGCGUGUGCAAGAGGUUGCGAGCGGGGCCCCAAGGUGUCCAGAGCCCCUGCAAGUAUGCACUGAGAAAUUUAUCUACAGGUCGUUUGACAAAAAUGAACAAUAUCCUAUUUAUUGUAUAUACUGUUUUAUUAUAAAUCGUGGAUUGUAUAUUGCAUUCUGUAAACCUGCUGUGGUCCCGUGGUGUGCAAAUUCGCAUGGUGGGGGGGAGGGAGAAGAACCUCUUGCGGGAGCUUUUUUUUUUUUCUUUCUUAUUUUUCACUCUUUUGGGUUUUCUCUUCUGUUGUUGUUGUUGUUUUCUGUUGGCAGGACACACCCAAAGAUCCAAGUUUGUAUUAAAAAGAAAUGAAAAAAAGCAAAAAAAAAAAAAAAAAACACAAAAC